UUUUCUUCAUUUUCUUUUUUUUUUAUUUUAUUUCGUCUCAAGUUCUCGAAGAAGGUUUUAAUCAUCAAAACAGAAUAAAAGAUGUUUGCAUUUAAUCGUACCUCAUCUCGUUUAUAUCCAACUUGCAUGCAAUUCGCCAAAAUGUCCCAAUUGGGUGACCUUGGAAGUGGAGCUGGCAAAGGAGGUGGCGGUGGUGGAUCCAUCCGCGAAGCUGGCGGUUCAUUUGGCAAAUUGGAAGCAGCCAGGGAAGAAGAAUAUUUCUACAAGAAGCAAAGACAACAACUUGAAAAAUUGAAGAACGACCAAAUUCAUCAGGCCGAAUUCCAUCACCAACAAAUCAAGGAACACGAAGAGGCUAUUGAACGCCAUAAGAAAUUCCUUGAGAAUGUCUCCUCAUCAAAGUAAAUGGACUCUACACUCGUAACUGCACUGAAAAAAAAAAGCGGCUGCCAUUCUUCCAAUAAUAUAAAGUCCAGCGGCAGAAAAA